CGAGGAUCUCUGUGUAGGUGGGCUUGGCGUGGGAAUUGAUGUCGACGUCGACAUGACCUUUCGAAUGAGAGACGUAAGAAAAGGAAAUCAGUUUAUUUGGGGAUGGAGACAGGCAAGCAGGUAAUAAUACGAUACUCGUUUUACCAGGUAAUUUUGGAUACGUACAUACGUAUACAUACAUAUGCGUGUGUGUAUUAUUGAAUUUGUUGUUUCUGCUGUUUGUGUGUUGUAUUGUGCAUUGUGAUUUGUGUGUACUAAGUUGGUUAUGUUUGUUUGAAUACCAACGUGGGUUCGAAGAUUGGGCCCACGAUUUUGGUUGGGCUCGGCCCAUAUCUGAAAGAUUCUUAUUGUUUUAAAAAUUAGAGACUAGAGAUAUUUUUGUAUUUUUUAAAUAUUUUAAUAAUAAGAAAAAAGUUUAAUGUGCUUGGUUGGUUAUUCGAUGAAACAAAUAAAAGCAUGUAGACCUGAUGUAUAUAGAAUAUACAAGAUAUGUUAUAAUUAAAGGUAAUAUAUAAUACAAUUGACUUCAGUAUAUGAAUUACAUCUAUACAAUGCAACUAUGUGACAUUUUUCUUGUUUGGGUUUGUAUUGUCACAAAUAUUAUUUAUUUAUUUUUUUGGUUGUUAGACUAUUUUUAUUUUUAAUAAAUUUAUUUAUUUAAAUAUAUUUGAUAAAUAUAAAUUAAUUUAAUUUAUAAUUUUUAAAUAUAAUUUAUUAAAAUAUAAUGUUAAAAAUAUUUAAACACAUAUUUUAAAAUUAUUUAUUUAUUAUCUAAAUAAUUAUACUGGUCUAUCCUUCUGGGAGGGAGAGUAUCCGAGACAUCAUUAAUUUAUAAUUUUUUUUUAAAAAAUAUAGAAAUUUUACAAUUAGAUCCCAUAAAUUUAGAAAAAUAAAAAGAAAAAUUGAAAGUAGUACGAAGGCUCAAAUGCGAAAUAAAUAUUCCAUCUGUUCCAAUAUAAUAAUCUGUUUAUUAUUUUGGUCCAAAAUAGUAGUCUUAUUUUUAUAAAUAACUAUAUUAUUAUAAAAUUAUUUUUACUCUUUAAUUUCUCCGACGCAAUCAAGCCUAUAGUUUUUGGAACGGAGCAAAGUAGUUAAUUAUAAAAUACUAUCUUCGUCCGGCCUGUUCUAAGCUAUAAGAGUAUAUAAUAUAAUAUUUUUAAUAUUUUGACGGCAAAAUGUAAAUAUGAACUUAGAAGGGGACGAGAAAGAUGAUUUGCUAAAUUUGUGUGUUUUUUUAUCCAUGUACUUUUGAAUGAGGAGACUUGAAGGGAAUUUCGAUUAAGUUAGAGGAGUAAACAGAGAUUACAGUGACAGCUCUCACUGCUAUUAACUUUGAGGUCUGAGUGAAAUUUUAUACAAAUUAGAGGGGUAAUCUGAGAUUAUCUAUAACUUGGACAGGUAGCCUUCGCGUACUGAUAAAAACCUACUACGCCUAGCGCGGCAUUUUGAAGUUCUCCCGCUCGAGUUGUUGGUUCGGAUACCUGCACUCGUUUAACUCUGCAAUUCUAAUUUCUAGCCCGUGUAAGUGUGCAAGUAAGUUUGAAUUACUAUGGCGUGUUCCCGUCGUCCGAGCAUAAGGAUUGUUGGAUGGUAGAGAUUUUUAGCAUCUAUUUUGGUUUUAAGGUUCUUAUUCCUGGGUUUGCAUUUUGGUUGUGUGGUUUGUAUUUUCGAUGAAGGAAGCGUAGUAGAUGUGUGAGAUGUUUAGUUGGAUUAUUGCGGUUUUUGCAUUGGCCUUCAGCGCGCACGAAAUGCGUUCCGUGUGGAAAAAACAAAUGCAAUUGUGUAUGAGCAGUUUCUUUUUCUUUUUUUUUUUUUUGUUGUGAAGGAAGGCUCGGACUGAAUUGGAUGUGGCAAAAGGAUUUCUUUCCUGCGCUUCGAUUUUUUGUGUUUUUAAUUAUUAAAUUGGUUUAAUACAGUGUUCCUAAAUUUUUGUAAAUUUUGUUAGCGAUGUGUAGAUUAUGAAUUGACAAUCGUUCUUGUGUAAGCUGUGAUUAAGUGACAUUUAUUGAUGGACUAUUAUGAUUCUGAGUUAUAUGCAUGAUUUGAUGUUCUGUAUAUAUUCAUUGCAGCAAAUGGAAGAGAAAGAUGAGAAGGAUUUAGAGAAUGCGCAAGAUGUGCAAGAGACUGAUUGCCCUCCUGAGGAAUCAUAUAAUCCUGAAGAAGUACAAGGAGACGAGAAUGCUACAGUUUCUGUUAAGAAGGCGAAAUGUGGUGGAUGGCCGGGACAAACUGUUUUUAGGAUGCUAGUCCAUUAUCAGAGGAUUGGUGGUAUCAUGGGAAGUAGAGGAGAAUGUAUUAAGAAAUUACGUCAUGAAUCGAAGUCUCAAAUUGAGAUUCUUGAUGAUCUUCUUGGUACUAUAGAAAGAGCUGUAAUGAUAUAUGCUACAGAAGUUCCAGGCCUCUCUCUUUCCCCUGCCUUGGAUGGGCUAAUAAAGUUACAUGAACACAUUAUCGACCAAGUGACAAAUACAGCUAGUCCACUAGGUGGAACUGUUUGCACAAAAAUUCUUGUGGCUGGUGGACAGGCUUUCAAUUUGAUUGGGAAACAUGGAGAUACUAUAAAGUCAAUUCGACAUGAUUCAAAUUCUACUAUCCGAGUUCUUGGAGGAGAACAUUUGCCUCCAUUUGCUCUACCAGACGAUAGUGUAGUUGAGAUACAAGGGGAGCCCUCAAAUGUAAAGAUGGCUGUUGCAUUGAUUGGUGCACACCUUAGGAAAUUCGUAGUAGAUGAAAGUAUUUUUCAAGUUCUUAUAGACCGGAUGAGAGAACGAAAUACUCUUGCAAACCUACCAAAGCGGGGGUAUCAAUAUGGUAAUUACCUUCCACCACCCGACGCUCCUCCUUUGGACCAGUCAACUCAUCUGAGCCAGCCAAAUUAUGGAAGAGAUGUGACAAUGGGAGCUCACACAAGUAAUGUUGAUCCCCAGAGAGCAGUUAUCACCAAGGUCAUUGAGAACAUUCCAAUCCCAUUGACAUAUGCUGAUGCUGUGAUCGGUCUCAACAGAGUCCAAGCUGCACAGCAGUUGGUACAGAAUUCUCUCGCUGAGGCUAUGAACAGACAGAAUGCUGCGCCUCUGCCUAUUCCAGUUUAUAAUCCCUACGCCCCUCAUGAUCCUAAUUUUCAUUCUUCAACAGCCAAUCCUCCUCCCUGGCCAGCCGGUCAUAGUGCACCUCCGCCAGUUCCAGGUUAUAAUCCCUACGCCCCUCGUGAUCCCAAUUUUCAUUUUUCAACAGCCAAUCCUCCUCCCUGGCCAACCGAUCAGAGUUCUAGCUAUGGCGCUGGCUAUUGGCCUUAGAGACAGCUGUGCUGCGUGUCAAGGUACUUGUCAAGGGCCAUUUGUUCUUCCGGUGCUCCAGCAAUCAGAGACUUCCCUCGUGGUCCAGGGUCGAAAAAGAUUGAUGUUCCUACUUCAACAGCAUAUUCCAAAGCGGACACAAGUAGCUGUGGGGAAAGCUCAUCAAAUCCGUACCCAUUGCAGAACAUGAUCUUUGAUCUUCUUAUAGCCAUCUUUGUUUUGGUCGGGAGAAUCUGAAUCCAACCAAACGCAGGCUCCUGAUGAAAAUCUACAGGGCU